CUCCUCCUAAUAGAGACGAGAGGCCAUCUUGCAAGAGCUCGCGGAGCUAGCGCGAUGAUGAGCAACCCUGACCCGCGAGCCGAGCCGAGCCACGACACCGAGGCGGCAAGCCGAACCGACGCCGGGCCCACUCGAGAGCGCAAGGCGGGAGGGGGUGUUCUCAAGCGGCUCAAAUCGAAGCGGAAUCCGACGAACGACGGAGGCGACCGACGUGUGGUAACGGAAGAUGAGCUAAGGGCGCUGGAUCGAGACAUCACACCCGAGGAGGUGCUGGCUCUCCGGACCGUCACUCGCGAUUACUUGUGUAAACCAGAAGACAAUGUGUAUAACAUAGACUUCACAAGGUUCAAGAUACGGGACUUGGAAACGGGCACUGUUCUGUUUGAGAUUGCCAAACCACCAUGCUCGGAUCCUGAUGAAGAGGAGGAUGAGGAGAAUGGUGAUCUUGAUUCCAGUGCUGGGAGGUUUGUCCGCUAUCAGUUCACUCCAGCUUUUCUUCGGCUGCGAACUGUUGGAGCCACAGUGGAGUUUACAGUUGGAGACCGACCUGUUAAUAACUUCCGGAUGAUUGAGCGCCAUUACUUUAGGGACCGACUGCUUAAAAGUUUUGAUUUUGACUUUGGAUUCUGCAUCCCCAACAGCCGCAACACCUGCGAACACAUAUACGAAUUCCCACAACUGCCAGAGGACCUCAUUCACCAGAUGGUGGAACAUCCAUAUGAAACUAGAUCAGACAGCUUCUACUUUGUGGACAACAAGCUGGUGAUGCAUAAUAAGGCUGACUAUGCCUACAAUGGAGGGCAAUAGGCUGGCAGCAAGGACAAGUACCUCUUGGGGUGGCCUAUGCCUUACAGACAGAAGCUCCCUUUGCUUCUGCCCAAGAUGAAUCCAGCAAGUUACCAGCCUGGCCCAUAUUCCACAUUCCACAUUUUCUUUACAUCGGCCUCGAGUACAUUUUUGAUCCUGCAACUGCAAAGAGCCACAUGCAAAUGAAACAUAACCACCACUCUGUAGACCUUCCAGGCUCUGGAUACGAAUGGCAUGAAUGUGUGGAGCAUUUAAUGGCACUCCUAUGCACAUUACUCUCAUUUUGUUAAUGCUGCAGUUUUGUGUUAUCAAGGAAGGAGGCCAAGUACUAUCUUGGACAACCAGAAAAAGGCCAAGAAGAUAGAUGGCUAUCUCUGAAGCUGACAGUAUGGAUGUUACUUACUUUGACUUUUUUUGGAAACCUUUUAGGUGGGACAAGGAAACCAUAUGGUAUGUAGGGUUGAAGCAUAUACUAGGAUAUCAUGCACUGCCAUAAGGAUCAGAAUAAAACGGCAAGUCCACUUUGCUAUGAUGCUUUCCCCCAGUAGGGGUGAAUGUUUGUUUGUGUGCAUCCGUGUGUGCUUGCAACCAGUUUGAUCAGAGUUGGGCUUUGGUGGUUUUGGUGUUUUUUUUUCUUCU